GGCACCAGUUGGAGCUGAGUGAGUGUGCGUGGCGCACCGCACGCAGCGCGGACUCAGAUGACAGCUCUGUGAGAACAAGCGGAACAGCACGCGAGCCUUUUAUGUUUUAAAGUGACUCUUGAGUUUUUUCUUGUUUUUUUUUGUUUGUUUUUUUGACAAAAAGGAUUUACUUUUUUAUUUAUUUUAUUUUUUUUGCCUGCUUUGAUCCAUAAUGCCAGCUGACACUAUGGAAAAGCAGACGGCAUCUCCUCUUGCCGGAGCUCCUGCUAACGGAUCACACAUACCGGACAAACCCAAAAAUGCCAGCGAGCACAGAAAAUCGUCCAAACCUAUUAUGGAGAAACGCCGGAGAGCAAGAAUAAAUGAGAGCCUUCUGCAGCUCAAGACUCUCAUCCUGGACGCCCUCAAGAAAGAUAGCUCCAGACACUCCAAGUUGGAAAAAGCAGACAUCCUGGAGAUGACAGUGAAGCACCUGAGGAACUUGCAGCGCGUGCAGAUGAGCGCAGCGCUCUCAGCUGACGCCACGGUCAUGAGCAAAUACAGAGCCGGAUUCAACGAGUGCAUGAACGAGGUCACCCGCUUCCUGUCCACCUCCGAGGGGGUGAGCGUGGAGGUGAGGUCCAGGCUACUCAGCCACCUGUCCAGCUGCAUGAGCCAGAUGAUGCCCGUGAACUACCCGCAGCAGACCCCCACCCAGCAGGCGCACCUGGCCCAGCCUCUUCACGUGCAGCUUCCGUCCUCUCUGCCAAUUAGCGGCGCACCCAUGGGCUCCAAGCUCAGCCCUGUGGAGGCCGUGUCCCCUAAGGUCUUUGGUGGGUUCCAGCUGGUGCCCGCAACAGACGGACAGUUCGCCUUCCUGAUCCCCAACCCGGCCUUUACCUCCGCCACGGCUCCUGUCAUCCCGCUGUACGCCAACGCGGGGGUUCCUGUCGCGGUGAACUCCAGUCCGAUGCACGGCAGCUCCGCACAGACCGCAACAUCCCCGGUCCACGGCAUGACGUCCUUCUCCGGGGGACCCCAGGCGGUCAGCCCAGUGGGGGUGAGCACAGGUUCUGAGAGCAGCGAGCCCGUGUGGCGGCCCUGGUAGCUGAAAGGAGCAGACUCUAAAAAACUGAACUGCACACACAACUGUUGCAGGGAUUUAAACCUGUGACGUUUUUCCCGAUGGUACCUCAGACCCGUCACUACCCUCCACUCAAUGUUUCGUUUUAUGGAACAGGUGUUGCUUUAAUAGCGCAUGUUUGGUUCAUUUUAUUAUUAUUAUUAUUGAAUCCAACAUUUGGAUGUCAGUGGUAAAGAUGCAGAUGAAAGAUUUAUAGGAAGCUUUUGUUAUAUACUUUUUAUCAAAAGGUUUAGUUUUGUACAGAGGUGUUAAGGAUUGUUAUACCAAAGCUGUGUUUUCUAUUCUGUUUUGUGUUUAAAAAGAGAAAAUAAAAACUGAAGUCGGGUGGCAACCCAAAUGUUUUAA